AUGGGGCUGGGCACUUGCGAGUCUCUGGCAGGAACCACUCGUCCAAUUGACGAAUGCAAACUCUCAGAGCAGUGGAACCAGCACAGUAAAGACCCGUUCCCCAUCUACACAGCGAUCGACAAGCAAUGCAAACAGCGUGAGGAAGGAGACCCCUGGUUUGAGAUCAGUCCACAUGAAGCGGGUUAUUCUCUCACUGGAGCGUUUGUGGAAACAUCCAGCUUCGGCAGCCAGUUUACAAAUAAGAUGAAGAAGCAGGAUGAAAUGGACAUGCUUUACCUGCAAGCUCUGUGCAGCAGUGUUUUAGCUGAUGAAGAGGAGAUCUGGAAGUGGAUAAAAGCUCUUUUAUUACCUGAAAUAAAAACGGCAUCAGAGAAAACGAAGCAAGACCCACACUCCCCACCUAUAGACCAAUGUUACCAGGUGCUCUUGAACCUUGUGGACAUGAACCUCACUGUGUUGAAAGGCACUGAUCCUUCUGCUCUUGAUCAGUGCAUCAGAACAACACUGACCGACCUCUCUGGAGGUAAAAAACAGCUGAUUUAUCAAUUAGAAAAACUGAACGAAGAUAAAACUGCUGGUAAAAAAGCAGCCAAACAGUACAUGAUGCAGUACACCAUGGAUGUAUGCAACUAUUUCAGUUUGGAGCGCAAGCUCAAUUCAUGGCCAUUUGAUCUUUUGAUUAGCAUCUGUAGAUGCAUUGCUCAGUGGAUCUGGGGCAGGCAUUAUAACUUCCUCCACAGCAUGACAGAUGAAGCAGUGCCUGCUGCUCUUCUGGAAGGUGAGACGAGAGACUAUGAAGACGCCGGACUGUUGCUGAACUCAUCCUACUUCUCAGUGCUGAGAGAAGAACGAGACAUUGACCUCAUCAUUUCCCUGGAUUUCAGUGAUGGCGAUCCUUUCAUGACAGUGACGCAAACCGCUGAGAUGUGCAAGAAACUGAAGAUCACUUUCCCUGAAGUCAACAUUACCAGUGAGGACGUGAAGAAACCAAAGGCCUUCUAUGUGUUCAAAGGCAAAGACGCUCCAACCGUGAUUCACAUGCCUCUGUUUAAUCUGGCCAACUGUGGAGAUAAAAUUGAUGUCUGGAGGAAGAAAUAUGGCACCUAUCAGGUUCCUUACAGCGCUGAGAUGAUCGCUGAACUUCUGCAGGUCUCUGGGAAGAACUUCUCAAUCAACAGAGCCAAACUGCUGGAGCAGAUCCGAGCGGUCGCCGAGGCUAAAUAUUUCCAGGCACAAGCACGACAAAUCUAA